AUGGCUUCAGGCGAAGCGUUGGCCCUUCUCAAGAGUAUAGACUCGCCUGUGUCUAUGCGUGCAACACCGAGUUCACCUCCGGCUAGACGUGCCGGUCACGUUCGCUCUUCCUCUAUUCUCAGCUCCAGCAGCAGUGUCUCUAUUCCUUCACGCUCAUCUUCCGUCAUGAUGAGUCCAGCAGCAGUACCAGUGCGCAGAUCAUCUAUCCUACACUCCACGAGCAAGAGCAGAAUCCAGGACGUCUCUCAUCCAAGCUUGCCCCCAUCUGCCUCUGAUCUCGCAGACAACAUUGCAUCCUUGACACUUGCCGACGACCUAGAAUCAGCUCCGUCAAAGACUCUUGGAGUAACAGGUGUCGGCCUCGAAGCGGUCUCCGACUUGAGCUGUGACGACAUGCAUGCACGAACGCCGCAACCAAGAUCUGGAGCCUUUCCGUCUUUUGUUCUUUCACCCACUGCGCAAAGUCGGCCGGCAACCACAAGCACUGCCCUUUCGUCCGAGCUGAGCUUUGGUCAGACGGAUCUCUUUGAAAUCGACGAAGAGAUCGGUGAUGCGCAUGAUGCCAUUCAGAUCAUUCAAGGUCACAUCUUUUCGAUCCAAGAACAACGCCAUGGUGCCAAGGUCGAUCCGGAUCUGAAACAAGCAGCUCAUGCAGCUACACACGUUCAGUCGGCGCUCGAAAGCUCGCCCUCUGGAUCCUCCUUGAGUGGCAUCGACAUAUCCCUCAUGCAGCUCGAUGAAAAGCUCGAGGCUCUCUCACGCAUCAUGCAACAGUUAGACGUCCGCAUCGCCGAGCUGCGACAAAGCGGCACUGAGGAAAACCAAGGCGAGGCAGCGGAUACUUCCAUCAUCGACAAAGAACUGAGCCUUUGGCAAGCACACGCCCGAAGAAGCAGCAUCAGCAGCAUCGACAGUUUGGGCAGCUUCGAUGACCAGGCGCUUCCUGGAUUUGCGCCAGCCCUGACGCCACGCGCGUUACGCACAAAACACGACGACCUCUGCUCUGAAUGGACGGCGGUGCAAGACGAAGUCGACGCUCUGCGAAAGGAGCUCGCUGAUGACAAGUACCUCGACGUUUUCCGAUCGAUCAGUACCCAAGCGGAAGGCAUGAUGGACAGCUUGGACAAGGCCGUGCUGUUGUGCAAUGCAUUCGUCCUCCAGGUGCAGCACGAUCAUUUGGCUGGAAAGCUUCACCGAGCAGCUGCGAUCGAAAACGAGCUCGAAGCAGAAUACGACAUUCAAGCCAAGCAUGACGAGCUCGUCUCCCUGUCAAAGACUUUUGACGUGAAAAAGUCGUACUACUUGCCGGCCUGUCAGCAGGUCCUUUUCAGUCUCGACAAAGGAUGCAAGGAGCGGCAGACCUCGAAUGGUACCAUCCUCCGUCGCCUCUCGGACCUACGCUCCCGCUGGCGCAAUUUACGCGACGAGUUAACCAAAACUGAAAGAGAUCUCAAGCGCAUGGAGGCGCUUUUUCGACGCGUGCGCUCUGAUAGCAGCGGUUCAUCCAUCAUUAACGACGCAGCAAGUCCGGCAACCUCGGUAGCAAGCCUUCCAUCGCUUCCUUCCAAGUUGCGGGCGAGUACGUCGGUGCAAUCAGGGCUGGGUAAGGGCACGCCGACUCGUGCUUCGGCACUAUCCUAUGGCACGCCACCCUCGUCAUCAUCGGCAUCGUCCCGCAUUGUGAGUGGGCCCGGCCGUCUACCAAGCAGCUCUUCGCUGGGUUCCAACCUCUCCAACACACCGACCACAGUUGAGACUCCACUGCGUUUGAGGCGCAUCUCUGCCACUGCAGACUCACUCGGACUGCAUGCCAAGCCCGUUUCAGCAUCGCCUCGAGCUGGUCCUGCAGGGCAGCUCGAAGUACCGAGACUAGCGCAGCGCGCCAGUAGCAGACCUCUGAGCUUCUCGGUGUCGCCAUUAGCUAUAGAUAGUCCAAUCCGUAACCGGGCCACUUCGAUGGCCAAUGCAGCUACCGGCGCGGUGGAAAAAGGAAUCCUAGGAAGGUCUCCAGGCGCAAGACCGGUGUCCGUCGUUAGCAGCCGCAAAGGCGUGGGCCAAGAUGUGCCAGGCACGCCCAGUCGUCCUCCUCCGUCGAGCUUCAAGUCGUCAUGGCACGAUCUUGAAACUGCUGGUGGCAGUCGAACCGCGGGUACACAGCCUCAGUCGAUACCACGCUCCGAGUCGCAGGUCAUGUGGCCAUCCCACUCACAGUCUUGCGAGCCUGAAACAGACCAGCAAGACUCGAUCGAGUAUCUCAAGUUUGGACAAGGCUCAUCUACGUCCCGCCCGACUUCAUCUGCUGGUCAAUACUAUCGACCACCGUCAGCGCAGGGCAAUGUUGGUGAUGCGCGUUCCAGGAAGCGAGAGUCAAUGAUUCCUCGUCUCGCAGUCCGAAGUCCAGAUGCAAGCAUCCCACUGAGCCGACCGGGAUCGGCAAUGUCGCAGGCAUCGUCAUCGACGCCGAUGCGAUACACGGGUGCCUCGAGGCUCAGCAUGCAAACACCCGAACCAGCCAUUGUAGCCAGAGCACAGAGACUCAACAUGUAUGCGCGUGCACCUUCGACCGGAAUGGCAGGUACGCCGACGUCGAGCAAGCGAGCCAGCAAACCACCACCCACGCGACGAAAUGCAGCGUCGUCGUCGGGCCGUGCGACGCCACUCUCAGCAGCGGCGCUGGCUUCGUUACCAACCGCAGAGCCGAACUCGUCUCUCAAGAGAUCGAGCAUCUCAAAUCUAAGAUCGCUCAACAACGGUCGCACAACGCCGACAUUUAGCGACCAUGGAUCUGUGGGAGGCAUGUCUACGGGAACCUGGUACGCGCCCGCUCGAGGCGCAAGGGGAGUCUCUGGUGCAGGGUCGAGGAUCGGAUCAGGAUCGGUGGCCGGAAGCAGCUACGGUAUGACGGGCGCAAUUGAACAGUACCGACCCAAUCCGAAUGACGCGCUGGAUGUCGAGGUGGCUGCCAUCUGCAACGGUUUGGGAGUAGCUUUGGAACGUAUUGACCCGCCGCUUCCUCGAGGCGUGAGGCUGGAGGAAGGACCAGGCAAGGACAACCGCACGCAGUACGAGAUUGGAGGACGAAAGACGAUGUGUCGACUGCUCGAGCUGCACCGUCCCGCUGGAAGCGCUGGAGCAAGGGCGGGAACCAAGGCGAAGAAAAUCUUGGUGCGCGUGGGAGGAGGCUGGCAGGACCUGGAGCAGUGGCUACUGGCGCGGCUCAGCGCAAGCUAG